AUGAAAAUUUGACAUUACUGAUGGAAGAAAUCACCGAAAAUGUGAUUCCCUUUCUGGACAACAACAGCACAAAUGGUAAAUCUGUAGAUUACAAUACUUAUAUGGGUCCUAAAAGAAAGACUUUGUUUUUCGUGGUACCAAUGACCCUGGUCUACGUUUCGAUUUUGGUUACUGGAGCAGUGGGUAACAUCUGCACUUGUGGUGUAAUCGCCAAGAACAAGUAUAUGCACACAGCUACAAAUUACUACCUCUUUAGCCUGGCUAUUUCAGAUCUUUUACUACUGGUCUUGGGACUUCCUCAGGAAAUGUAUCAACUUUGGGAAAACUAUCCUUAUAUCUUUGGAGAGUUUUUUUGCUUCAUACGUGGCCUAACGUCAGAGACUUCAACAAACGCUUCCAUAUUAACCAUUACCGCCUUCACGGUGGAGCGAUAUCUAGCCAUCUGCCAUCCUCUUCGAGCCCAUACAAUGUCCAAACUGUCACGGGCAGUUAAAUUCAUCAUUGUCAUCUGGAUUCUUGGAGCAUUGGCAGCAAUACCCAUAGCUUUCCAAUUUGGUAUUGUAAAUUUAUACAAUAUCUCCGAAUAUGCCGUCUGCACAGUAAAAAAACCUUUAAAACACGCGUUUGGAAUUUCAUCUUUGCUGUUCUUUAUCCUCCCCAUGAGUGUGAUUUUGAUCCUUUAUGUGUUAAUCGCUCUUCAACUGCGAAGGUCCUUAGAACUGUCUCGUAGGGAAACAACUCACGGAGCAACCAACGGAUUGAACCAGCAAAGUGUUCAUGGUCAUUCUUCUAGACAAACUGUAAAGUCGUCAACCAGCUACUCGUCUCGUAGGGCAGUCAUCAAAAUGCUAAUUGCUGUUGUGGUGGCCUUCUUCGUCUGCUACGCUCCGUUUCAUGCUCAACGACUCAUGGCGACUUAUGUCACAGAUCCUACGCCGACAGAGACUAUUAUUUACGACGUACUGACGUAUUUGUCGGGUGUGUUGUAUUACGUCAGUACCACUAUUAAUCCUAUCCUCUACAGUAUUAUGUCGUUCAAGUUUCGACAGGCUUUUAAGGAGACUUUAGCAAGAUGUUGCGGAAGACAAAUUACACGAUCUCAGAGCUUCAAGGUCAUGUCUAGGUACACUGCACACCACUCUACCGCCUUCGAAACAGUAGAUCUAACAGUGCUGUGCGAGUCGUCACAUCCUCACCAACGCAGUGUUUCCGCAGUUCCCCGCUAUCACUCCAUACCUGAGAUCGUAAAAAAUAUUCCCUCUGCACGUCAACAGGCCAGAGAAAUGAGAGCGUCAAGCAUAUGUAACGUGGAAACCUACGACGAAGAAAGAGAGCUAAGACCGAUCUCGAUCAGUAACAGUAGUCUUCAGAGAAUAGACGAUGAUGCAUUUCAGGAGUCGAAUUGCAUUGCUCAAUUAGAGCAGACUCCUAAGCUUUGAUGAUGACUGAUGAUGAUUCUUUCAAGAAAAAAGAUGAAGAAACUUGAUCGAUUAAAGCUUAUAGAAGAUGAAAAAUGCGAUUUUUGACAAAAUCCUCAUGUGAAACACUUA